AUAUCAAUUAUCAAUUCUAAACAUAUAAAAGGUCCGAGAUCACUGAUUAAUUCCAUGUGAAUUUUGCUAAUUUUUGCAGGUCGUUGAUCGUUGAUUCUUAUUUUUUGAAUUUUUAUUUUCAACUACGAUAUGUUCAUAUUAUAAUUUUCACGAACAAUUAAAUUAAUUUAGAAUAGUAAUUGUUAAAACUAUGAGUUCUAGAUUACCUUUAGUUGUUAUUUUGGGAGCUACAGGUUCUGGAAAAACAAAGUUAUCAUUAGAAUUAGCAAAAAGAUUUAAUGGAGAAAUUAUAGGAGCAGAUUCAAUGCAAAUAUACAAUGGGCUUGAUAUUAUUACUGCAAAGGCAACUAAGGAAGAACAGUCUGUGGCACCUCAUCAUAUGAUCGAUGUAUUAGAUCCCCAUGACUCGUUCACCGUUGUACAAUAUAAAAAAAGAGCUCUAGAAGUUAUUGAAAAUUUAUAUGCCUCUCAAAAACUUCCCAUUGUAGUUGGCGGAACAAAUUAUUACAUUGAAUCGCUUCUAUGGAAAAUAUUAAUUGAUGAUGGUGAAUUUGUCACUACACCUGGUAUAUUACCUAAUAAUGACCACGAAUUGUCAAGUGAGGAGUUGCAUAAAAAAUUAAAUGAAGUAGAUCCUGCUGCAGCAAAAAGACUACAUCCCAAUAACAAAAGAAAAAUUUUAAGGUCCUUAGAAAUUUUACAUAAAAACGGAAAAACACACAGUGAACUAUUAGCUGAACAACUGUCUGCUAAUGAUGCAUCUAAAUCAGGAGGUGGCCUUCGUUUUCCAAAUUCAUUAGUUUUAUGGUUGCAGUGUGAUCAGAAAAUUUUAGAUAAAAGAUUAGAUGAUCGUGUUGAUUCUAUGUUAGAACAAGGAUUAGUAAAGGAGCUGUUGGAUUUUCAUAAAACAUACAAUGAACAAAGAAUAUCAGCAAAUAAAACUCCUGAUUAUACUAAAGGUGUAUUCCAGUCAAUUGGGUUUAAAGAAUUUCACCCAUACUUAAUUUUAAAUGAAGAAGAACGGAAAACUGAAGAUGGUAAGGCAAAAUUGGAAGAAGGCAUUAAACAGCUCAAAAUGGUUACCAGAAGAUAUGCUAGGAAGCAAAAGAAAUGGAUAGUAAAUAGAUUCCUUGGUAGGCAAGAUAGACAGGUUCCACCAAUGUUUGGUUUAGAUACAACGGAUGUGUCGCAAUGGGAUGAAAAUGUCAGCAAAAAAGCCACAGAGAUAGUAGAAAGCUACAUUAUGAAUACUGCAUGUGCCUAUGAACCAUUACCUAAGCUAUUAACCAAUUCCACUCCAAAUAACGAAGAGACAAGUUUUGUUUGCGAUACAUGUGAGAGAGUGUUUGUUGGAGAUUUUCAGUGGAACAUUCAUAUGAAUUCUAAUAAACACAAGCGACUUGAACGUAAGUCUAAAAACAAAAAAUUGAAAAUAAAUUAG